ACACCUCUGCCUGAUAGAAUAAGAAUACAUGCUAUGUAGCAGCAGGAGGAAACUAGUGUACUGCACAUAAUGUCACUUAAUCAGUUUAAGAUGAGUGUCUGGGUGUUUGUCAUCUUCCUAGUAUCUGAGAUCCCUCCAACUACCCCGACAGAGAGUAACUGCCCCUGCAAAUAUGAGCUAAAAGCGGUCACUGUGUCCGUCCCGUGUCCAAAAAUGACCGGCGAGGACGUGACCUUCCGGCUUCUAAAGGACGAGCGAGAGAUUUGCAAACGUAAGUGCAGCUACGCCAAAGACAUCCUGGAGUGUGAGCCAAAUCCCAAAUGCAGCUUGGCGCUGCGGGAGUCCAAUGAAUCAGUCAGCUUCAUCCUCACUGGAGACCCAGCCAGGACCAGUGGACUGUACAGGUGUGAGGGUAUGGUCACAUUCCCGCCUCCCUUCAAGAUGGAGACGAGUGCAAUGAGAAUAUUGGUGCAUGUGGAGGGUCGUCAGUGCCAGGACAGCCACGCUAAAACACAUCUGAGCAAUGAGCUCCUCUGGAUUUUGAUCGCUGUGCUUGGGAUUCUCUGCAUCUACAGCGUCACCAUCACCACCAUUGCUGGGGUCAAGUGGGCCAACGCCAGGCGGGAACAUGUCCAGACCAUCUACUCUAACACAAAACCCAAAGUCAGCAAAAAGAAAAACUAUAGGAUAUAGUAUAUGGCUUGUAUAUAUGCAUUUUCAUAUAUA